AUGGCGGGACGCGCUCUGCUCCUGAAGCAAUUCCACGAACUUUACAUGAAGAGAGAAAGAGAUUUAGGUCACCAGUGGCAGCUGCUGUUACUGCUGUUCCAUUUACAAUGGAUCCUACCUUCAGCGUCAGCUCUCCACCUACAGGAUCUCUUUCCGUAUGGUGAAGCCUGGGGGGACCAAUUCCUGCAGGAAGGGGAUGAUGAGACCUCAGCCUUGGUGAAGCUGAAGAAGCCCCUGCGGUUCUAUGAAGCUCAGUUCAGUAGCCUCUAUGUGGGCACUAAUGGCAUCAUCUCAACUCAAGACUUUCCUAGAGAGAUACAAUAUGUAGAUAAUUACUUUCCUACAGAAUUCCCUGCCAUUGCCCCCUUCUUAUCUGACCUUGAUACUAGCAACGGGAGGGGAAAGAUCUCUUACAGAGAAGAUGAGUCUACAGAGGUAUUGAGACAGGCUGCUCUAUAUAUUCAGACUGGGUUUCCCAAGACUGCUGCAAACUACACACCAACCCAUGCUUUUCUUGCUACAUGGGAGGAAGUAAGCGCCUAUGAAAAAGUGAUACAAAAUGUGUUACCAUCAAGGCUGAUGAAUACUUUUCAAGUAGUUUUGGCAUUUGAUGAGUUUGAUACCUAUGCUCUCUUUCUUUAUCCUACUAAUGGACUUCAGUUCUUUGGAACCUACCCCAAAGAAUCUCAUAAUAUACAGCUUGAACUUCCAGCCAGAGUGGGCUUCAGCCGAGGUAAAGAUGACUAUCAGACAAGAGAAGGACUUUAUUUUAGUGUAACUAGCACUGAACAAUCUGUGAAAAAUCUCUACCAAAUAAGUAACCUUGGCAUUCCUGGAGUAUGGGCUUUUCACAUUGGCAGCAUAUUCCAGCUGGAUAAUGUUGAACCUGCGAAAUUCAGAAGAAACCUUUCAAUAGUCCAUUCUCUGGAGCAUUUUCUUAAUAAUGCUGCUGAGUACAAUGUUCUGGAAAGUAAUUAUACUGAAGACAAUAUGGAUUAUAUUAAAGUUUUUAAUAACAAAGAUGGUAAUGAAAGUGAACAUUCACCCAGUGGACAAGAACUAGUAUCCGAUAGUAAUAGCAAGACAGAAACUUCACUUGACUCAAAUGCCAGUUCUCCUAGUCAGAUAGAUAAUGGCAAAUCAAAACAUGGUAUAUUCUAUCCAUUGGACUCAGAACUAAAAUUCAAAUUGCUAUAUCCAGCACCUAGCCAUUCACCAAUAUCUUCCAGAACAGAAUCUGAUUCCUUAUAUCCUCAAACUAAAAGGACACCAGAGAGGGAGGCGAUUUUUCUGAUAUCAGAAGGCCAAAUUAAGUCUUCUCAGCAAAAAGGAAUUAAAAGCUCAUAUCCACCAGAUACAAAUGAAGAAUUUCUGGAUCUCUUAACAGAAUCUCCACCAUUUCAUCCUAAAAAUGAAACUAUCCAACUCUACCCAGAUGGUGGAGCUAUGUCUUCAGAAAUGAAAGCUCUUUCCAUCUAUUCGGAGGGAGUUCUUAAAAAUUAUCCUUUUCCAGAAAAUAUUCCACCAUUGAAUCAUGGAAGGUAUAUUAUGGGAAUGGAAGAAGAUAGCAAAUUCAAAACUGACGUAUUUACAUAUCAGAGUUCCAGCAAGGAAACCUGUGAACAGAACCACAGACAGUGCUCCCAGCAUGCCUUCUGCACAGAUUAUUCCACUGGCUUUUGCUGCCACUGCCAGUCCAAGUACUAUGGAAAUGGAAAGCACUGUUUGCUAAAAGGAGAACCUCACCGCGUCAAUGGGAAAGUGAGUGGCAAUCUACAUGUAGGACACACUCCAUUGUCCUUCAGUGACGUAGACCUACAUGCCUACAUUGUAGGAAAUGAUGGGAGAGCCUAUAUAGCCAUCAGCCACAUCCCUCAUCUGGCAGCCCAGGCCUUGUUGCCACUUACUCCAAUUGGAGGCCUCUUUGGCUGGCUCUUUGCUUUAGAGAAACCAGGCUAUGUGAAUGGCUUCAGCAUCACAGGGGAUAUAGAUCCCUUGGUGACAAAUCCUUGCUAUGAUGGGAGUCACACAUGUGAUGUAACAGCCCAGUGUCUGGUGCGAACAGGACUAGCCUAUUCAUGUGAAUGUGCAGCUGGCUACCAAGGAGAUGGAAGAAAUUGUUUUGAUAUAAAUGAAUGUGCAACAGAUUCCCAACUAUGUGGCCACAAUUCUGCAUGUGUCAACUUGCCAGGAAGCUACAGGUGUGAGUGCCAGAUUGGUUAUGAAUUUGCAGAUGAUAAACACACUUGUAUCUUAAUUGCUCCACCAUCCAAUCCUUGUGAAGAAGGCAGUCAUACAUGUGCUCCUGUGGAAAGUGCCCAGUGUAUUUACCAUGGAGGCCGCUCUUACAGUUGUGUUUGCCUUCCUGGUUAUGUUGGUAAUGGGUAUGAAUGUACUGAUAUUGAUGAAUGUAUAGAAGAAAGAUGUCACCCUGCUGCUACCUGCCAUAAUAUCCCUGGCUCCUUCUCUUGCCACUGCCAACCUGGCUAUAAUGGGGAUGGAUUUCAGUGUUAUCUUGGUUUUCAGAAUAUCUCUCUUGAUUCUUCCUACUUACUAAACCACUCCUUCUCUGUCUCCUUUGCUGAAUCUUCCUCCAGAUCCACCCUCCUGAUUGUAGAGACUACACAGGGACCACAGUCAAUCUGUGAACGUUGGAAGAAAAGUCUUCUGGAGCACUAUGGUGGCAGACCUCGGGAAGACCAAUAUGUUCCACAGUGUGAUGAGUUUGGCCAUUUUAACCCUUUGCAGUGUCAUGGAAAUAGCAACUAUUGUUGGUGUGUGGAUAAGGAUGGCAGAGAAAUUGAAGGAACUAGAUCACAGCCAGGCUUCAUUCCGGCAUGUAUACCCAGCAUUGCUCCUCCCACCAUCCUGCCAUCUCCACAUCCUGAUGUGACACCACCAUCUGUAGGCACAUUUCUGCUGUAUGCCCAGGGCCAACAGAUUGGCUACCUACCUCUCAAUGGAACUAGGCUACAGAAAGAAACAGCCAAGACUCUGCUAUCACUACAUGGUUCUAUUGUUGUAGGGAUAGACUAUGACUGCCGAGAGAAGAUGGUAUACUGGACAGAUGUUGCUGGGCGGGUAAUCAGUAGGGCCAGUCUGGAAUUAGGCAAUGAGCCUGAAAUUAUCGUAAGUUCAGGACUGAUGAGCCCAGAAGGACUUGCUGUUGACUAUUUCCAUAGAACCAUGUUCUGGACUGAUAGUGGCCUCGAUAAAAUAGAGAGUGCCAAAUUGGAUGGCUCAGAGCGUAAGGUUCUCUUUGACACUGAUUUGGUGAAUCCUCGAGCCAUUGCUGUGGAUCCAAUCAGAGGAAAUCUGUACUGGACUGACUGGAAUAGAGAAGGCCCUAAAAUUGAAACCUCUUCUAUAGAUGGAACAAACAGAAGAAUUUUGGUGAAUAAAGAUAUUGGACUACCUAAUGGCUUAACCUUUGACCCCUUCUCUAAACUGAUUUGCUGGGCAGAUGCAGGAACCAAAAAACUGGAAUGUGCAUUAUCAAAUGGAACUGGAAGACAUAUAAUACAAAAUAACCUCAACUACCCCUUCAGCAUUGUUAGCUAUGCAAAUCACUUUUAUCAUACUGAUUGGAGAAGGGAUGGUGUUAUAGCAGUAAAUAAAGAUAAUGGCCAGUUUACUGAUGAGUAUCUUCCAGAGCAAAGAUCACAUCUUUAUGGAAUAACUGCAAUUUAUCCCUACUGCCCAAAAGGUAAAUAA